AUGGUGGAAGAAGAAUUCGGAUCAUUCAAUGAGUUAGAGCACACUCGUGAAGAACCCCAGAAGGCCACCGAGGAAGAGAACUCACUGAGGAACAGAUGUGUUUUUCUGGAAGAGAAACAGAUCCAGAAAAAGGAGCAAAUUGAGCUACUUGAGGUUCAAGUUAGCGAGCUGCAGGUUGAACUGGGAGAUGGUAAGAUCCGGGUGGGUGCUCUGGAGAAGAGGUUGUCCCAGAAGGAGCUGCAGCUGCUGGAUUUCCACAAACAACAUGGGGUCUUGCAAGCAGAAAGAGACGGCCUGAAGGGGGAGCUACAUCACCUGAAAAGCCAGCAAUACAAAGCAGUGAAGGAAGCCCAGGAACAAGCCAACAGAUUGGUGGUUGAUCAGCAGGCUGAGGAGGAGAAAGCAGGGGCUUUGAAAGAGCACACACGUGUUCUCACGCGAUGCAUUGAGGCAAUGCAAAGCUCCAUUCAGAGGAUGCAGGAGUUGGAGAGUGAACGUUGUGCACAGCAGAGAAAGCAGGAGUCUUUGCUGGCUGUUAUUUGUAGAUCACUAAAAGAGGAGCACCAGGCUGAGCUGCAGAGGUUGAAGAAACAGAUUGCACAGGAGAACCAGAGGACGGCGCUGCAGCUUGACAAGGCUGUUCAGCUGGCAAAGAAAGAGGCUGACAGGCUCCGGGUGACGCUGGAAGAAAGGGAUCGAGGUUACAACAGAAUCACUGCUGAGCUGGACCAGCAGCACAGACACUGGGCCCAGGAGCUGGGAGCAGAAUGCCAGCAUGUGCAACUCUUAGUGGAACAGAGUGGAGCCAAACAAAGAGCUGUGCAGCUGCCUGCCUGUCCAACAGUAGCCGAGGCUUUAACAACCCUGAGAGCGCUGAGAGAGCAGCUGGAGCACUUGAUUAUCCAUCUACACCAGGAGCUGGGUUCACAGAAGCAAACUACCGAGCAGCUGAGAAAAGACAAGGAGCGAGAAUUGUGCGCCCAGAGGCAGCAGCUCAGGGUGGAGCGAGAUAGAGCCUUAGACUCUGUGAAGGAGCGUCUCAUUCAGGAGCACAUUGAGGAGUUGAGCAGCCUGAACAGGACUCAGCUGACUGAUGGAGGAGCUGAAGAAGGAGGAGCAGCUGGAUCUCUGCGCAAGCAGUUGAAGGCCAAAGACGUGGAGCUCAGGCAGGUGCAGAGGAGCAUGGCUCAGUGGAAGCAACAGACUGCAGCUCGUCUGGCAUGCAAAUUUGAAGAAGAGCUGACCGCUGAACUGGAAAGGUAACAAGCUAAAAUCCUUGCUCCCCCUCCCUCCAUGUGGUGGACCCUGCAGCCUCCCACAGCCCCUCAGACGUGGCUUCAUUCAAGCUCCUACAUUACCUCCAGAGCAGAGUGAAGCAGCUCCGUCUAGAAAACCAGGCCUACACCUGGAACUCCUCUCCUCCUGACUCAGGAUCCUAUCUUAGGGCAGUGAGUACAUUCUUCUACUGGCAGAGUGCCAUUGGUUCUUGACUUGUCCUUUCAGGGUAACCAGUUGCUCCGUGUGAAGAGGUGCUAAACAAGUGAACAGCAAACAAUAGUUCAUGUACCGUAAGGCCAUAUGAGCUAUUUCUGUUCAGAUCCGUAAUCCUCGAAGAUGUGUUCCAGUUGCAAUUAAUAAUAAUCUUUAUUUGUAGAGCACUUUUCAUAACUCAAGUUACAAGUAUGGUCACACAGAGCAGCAAAUAAAAACCACUGUCACAAGAUGAGAUGUAAAACUAGAAGAGUGCAUACCUUUGCCAAGGUCCACUAACGUCAAUCAAGCUGCAACAAAUGCACACACUCAUAGAUAUCACCCCCCUAAAUAUGCCUGAUUUCUUUCAUCAAUAUCCAUGAUUUAUUCCCUGGGGAAAUGUGCUGUUCCUCUUACAAAGUAUUUGGAACGCUCUAGAUUCUAGAGUCUAGAAUAUAAAACUGUUCAAGACCAGGGAUAUACCACAUCAGCAUUUCCUUAUCAUUUCUCUGUUCCACACCACAGAGGUGAAUCAUUUACUGUCACACGUGCUUAAGAUUGCAUAUUAACAACAGGUCACGGUGACAAAUGACACAACUGAAGAGUCAGGACAUUCAACUCCUUCUGUAUUAAGAAAGUCACAUUUUGUGGUUGACGAUUACAGUGAACUGUGAAUGAGUGAUGAACUGACAUUUUACUAGAGACCUGAAGAUCAUGUGAGUUAUGUCAAAUAACCUCAUAAAGCUGAGAGAUCUUUCUCAAGGAAUGCCUUGUGUAAUCAUAAACCUUAUGUGAAGUUUAACUGUACAAUAAAGUUCAGUAGGUUUCUGGUACGAAACCUACUGAGCGUCUUAA